UAUUUAAGAACCCAGUUAUCUGGUAUUGGGGCUGUGGUACUACCAGCUUUGAGACAGAACUGGGGGGAAGAGUUGGCCACUCGUGAUACAUCCACAGACUUGUGCAGACCCUGAAGCAAGAAUGCCAAACUGGGGUGGAGGGGCCAAGUGUGCAGCCUGCGAGAAGACUGUGUACCAUGCUGAAGAGAUCCAGUGCAAUGGGAGGAGCUUUCAUAAGACCUGCUUUAUUUGCAAACCCCCUCAAAGGACUAAUGGACAAGGUAAAGCCGGAAAUACUGGAAUACAAGUGACCUGCAGGAAAGGACUGGACAGCACAACAGUUGCAGCACACGAGUCAGAGAUCUACUGCAAGUCCUGCUACGGCAAGAAGUAUGGGCCAAAAGGCUACGGCUAUGGCCAGGGUGCUGGGGCCCUCAGCUCUGACCCUCCAGGAAGGAACCUAGACAUGCAAAGUCAAGAAAGCUCUAAACCUCGUCCCACAUCCACAAACUCUAACUCCAGUAAGGUUACACAGAAGUUUGGAUGUUCAGAUCGCUGCCAAAGAUGUUCGAAAUCUGUCUAUGCUGCAGAAAAGAUCAUGGGAGCAGGAAAGCCGUGGCAUAAAACCUGCUUCCGCUGUUUGUUGUGUGGAAAGAGCCUGGAGUCUACUACAGUGACAGACAAAGAUGGGGAACUGUACUGUAAAGUUUGCUAUGCCAAAAACUUUGGACCUAAAGGACGAGGACUCGGGAACAUGGGAAUAGCAGAAGUGAGGGAAUGAAUCCCUCUGGAGAGUGUUUCAUUUAGUUUAAAUAUAGCGCAUUUACAACAACUUUUAGAAGACAAUAUUCAUAAAUAUUUGCUUUUGCCAUUAGCUCAAAUUCUACAUUCUUAAAGCUCCUUUCUCUUGCCCUACCAACGUCCAGUGUCUGUUGGAUUUGUACCCAUAUAACUGUAAAUAGUUGUAAAUCCUUCAAAGCUUGUAACAACACACCAAGCAAUGAGGAAACAAGGGAUGUCUAGCUUCUAUAAACUGGGUAUUCCUUUCUUGUUUUCAAGGCAAUGGGUGAAAUGACAUCUCAUCUGCACCAGUCAUGAUUGAUCGAACUGACUUCACACACAGAGUACAACAAUAACAAUAAUCUGGACAACCACACACAGUUUUAAAUGCAUUUUUGAAUACACAAAUCAAAUGUACAUUCAAAUGGGAUUCAAACAUUAAAUGUUUAGUGCAGUCACACUCAAUGUUACAAUAGCAAUCACACAUGCAGGGGCAUACACACACUCAUGCACGCAUGUUACCUACAGAUGGUUAUUAUAGGUUGAGUAGACAUUGGAUGUUAUACAUGUAUUAUAAAUGAAAAACUUUCAAAAUAGCAAUACAUUGGAAUAGAAGCACAACGAAAUAGGAAGCUUUGAGGCAGAAUCAAUAGGCUCCAACUAUGCUGCUAAACAUGCUGCCUUUAGCUAUUUACAUACCUUACUACAAUGAUCCAGCUAAUUAUACUGUUAUUUCCCACAUUAGCAAAGAAAACAAGAUAAAAACAAAAAUAAAUAAAAUGAAGUCAUAUCUGUUCUGCAGUUAAUGCACUGUUUGUGAAGACAGCUCCACAUGCCUCAGUCUGUUUUUAAUUCUUAAUAAGGAUUCUUGCUGCACCCAUUAAUAUGCCUUUUGAAUUUAAAUAAACAAAGCAACGCUAAUUACCAAACGCAUUUGUGUUAAUCUCUCCCAAUUAUGUUGGAGCAGGUAUGCGUUGACGUUUUCUAAUUUAAGGGAAAUAAGCUGUGGGAAACGGAUUAAGAUGGGUUUUGUGUAAAUGCCAAUUUAAAAUGUUUACCUGUAAUGGAUGUGUCUUCAAUGGCAUCUUUCUCUGGGUUCAAUUAAAAGAGGUGUCAGUAUGCAUCA